UUAUGAUAGAUUUUAGUUCAAUAGAACUGAUUAUUCAAAAACGCAAGUUCCUAACAACUCAAUGUCUACAUGUGUAUUAGAACGCAACGUGUAAUUUUGUCGUUCGAGCAAAACGUCAUAUUUUCAGACGGACAUAGCCUUUUGCGGUACUGUUUUACUUUACUGUCUUUACCAUUUUUCCAAAAUCUGAUUGCAUGAAAUAAUCAAGAAAUGUGAAAUACAAGACUAUAGUUUCUGUUAUUUUGUCACUCCAAUCCGAAGAGAUACCAAUAUCCGUGAGCAAGAAAACUAAUUGAAAUACGACAGCAUCUAUUGAACCUGUCCUACAAACCACAUAUAGAUACCACAGCAAAUACUGAUCGUGUAUUCGCCUUAACGAAAAGUUCUUGCCAUUUGUCUGCAAAACAAUAUUCAAUUGCAAUUAUCUGUGCAAAUAUUAAAAAUAAAAUCGGUCAAGUGAGGCAUUUUUAUUCUGAUAUCUUUAGUCAUAGUAGAAUUUCAUCAACAGUCUGUUUGCUUUACGGUGUACUCGGUUUUUUAACCAUCGUAAAGGAAGAGCAGAUUAAGAUAGAUAUCCCUUUCAAGACAAGCUCUUGUUAAAACACAAAGAAAGAGAAAGUUUACAACUUUAUAUACCGAAAUAAAAGGUACAUCGUUUUCCACUUAAGUUUAACACCCAAUUCAAUCGGAUUCGAUAUAAAACAUCACAUUACAGUUUGAAAUGAGGCACUUUCAAUUUUACUGUUCAGAAUGAAAGAGGUGGCGCUCAUAAUAGUGAUAAGCGUGUACAGAAUAUACGCAGUGAAAGUGGAAGAAAGGGAAGUUGGUGAAGCUAGUGAUUCGGUGGGCUACAAAUAUCCAAUACCAGUUUAUUCUCCUGAUCUCAGUAAAUAUAAUGGCAUUCUGCACCCAUCUGAUCCCGCUGGCAAAAACACGAACCUGAUCGCCUCAGCGUUGGUGCUGAGCUCGAUCUUGGGUCUGCAACCACCCAGCAAAAACGGCUACAACCAUCCAGAGUUGCCGCCUUUGAAUCCUUACAUCCAGCUUUUGCUCUCACACUACGGGCGUUAUUUGGGACACACCCAAGGCAAACAUGAAGGUUUUGGCAGUGCCAGGGGACUUUAUGGAUAUACAGCUGUUAAUAAUAUACAUAAUAACAAGCCUUUUGGGGCGUACAAAAUCUACGAAGAUGCCGACUAAUUUAAUCGAGGUGUAAAAAUAAAAAUUGAAGAAAAUAUAAAAUAGUAACGGGGUACAUACCCCCGGCCGCUAUGUCGGUUCCAAAAAUAGGUGGAUAAUCUGUAGAAGCCAAAAAUGAAACAAAAUGAAUAUAAAAGAGGAAAAUGUAUUUAUUCAAAUGACGCUUACACACACAAGUAUAAUUAAUUGAGAACAUGUUAACUUUUUCCUUCCACACCUAUGCCUUUAAUCCUAAGAUGGGUUCCUAAGGAGAGAAAAACAUAAUCAGUAUAAAAAUAAAAGACAAAUAAAUAGCGAG